CCAGCACCACAGCAGUCACAGACACGCACACAGCAGAGAGAAGACAGGCAGGAGACAGAGGGGAGACUCAGUGACUAACCAAACUGGAGUAAAAGUGAGGAAACAGCACGGCAGGAAAUGAAGAGCCAGAGCCAAGCAGGAAAGCAACAUUUGCCUUAAUUUAGCACAAAGCAAAGGAGCAAGAGAGUCACAUUGACUGAGGGCUGUGAGGACACAAAACAUCUGCUGAAUACCUGGAGUUUAUCUCCUGAAACACCAGGAUAUAGCAGAGAACAACAAAGGUCUAAACCCUCAUCAUCAGGCUAUAAACCUCCACCUGAUCAAUAGCAUCACUCUGACCUCUGGAUCUGGAUGUUCAUGUAGUGGAGACCUACCUCUUCUUCUCUCCACAAGCGUUCUCAGAGUGGGAAGAGGUUAAAGAACGGAGUGUAUUCUCAUCGUCUCACUGCUGCUGUGAGAGGAGAGAGAGACAGAUCCUCAGAACUACUCCACCAAUCACACAGUGAGUAAACAUAUCUUUAUGGUCAUUAUGUGUGUCCAGGGAUGAAGAAGGGCCAUGGAAACUAAAACUAAACAUCCUAACAAAGAUCAUGGUCAACUCUCUUCCAGCUCAUAGGGUUUAUGCUGCUAGUGCAUGUUUGGGUGUGAUGAGACGUUUAGCAUUUGGCAUUGUAUUACAGGACAGUUUAAUAACUUUAUUUGAAGGGUUUUAAUCCACCCCGUUCAUUGCCAGGUUCAUAUGGAGACUGAAUGGAAAGGUAACUAUUUAAAUCCAUGAUCCCUUUUUCCCAUGAUGUUCUCAGAGAGGUCAUACAUGCUACCUUCAUCUCAAUACCAACAGUUCUAGUAUCAGAUUUGUGACCAUGACACAUGGCUGAGGUACCACCCCACUUCUAAAGACAACUGGAAAGUUGGGUGAAAUAUAUGAAAUAACAUCCAUUAUAAUUAUCCGUUUUCAGAGUUGUUGACUGUUAAAAUUUGUGGUAGAGGGUUUCUCAGAAGGGGGGGGGGGGGUUCCUGGCUCAUUGUUCUGAGUCUGUAGUCAUCCAGGAGACUGGGGGUAGGGCCAAGGGGAGUCUAUUUCCUCCUUCCCAGAGGUGCGUAGUUAUCUGUGUUUACUUUCCGCACCUCUCACCACCGUACUUUAGGAAAAUUAGCUACUCUCACUUUAAUGGAGCGACGUUGAGGCUUUUUUCAAUCUGUUAUGUAAAAGCAUGGGCAUGCCAAACAGAUUCCAUUGUGUGCAGGGGAUACAUUAUCAGGCUCCCAGUCUAUGUAACUGCAACUGCUAAGGCACCCUAACAGAAGAAUAGACCCGCCCAAUACCACUUGGCCCAUUACCAACUGCACUGCCACUAGUAAUAAUGAAUAUACCAUUGUACUGUAUGAUAUGCACAUAAAUAAAUGAAUUAAUAAAACAACCCUAAUCAUUUUGUUUUCUGAAGACCAAGGGAGGAUGAGUCUGUCGAGGAACGGGACCCUGGAGAAGGGCAUCACCCAGCUGCAUCACAUUAACAAUGGGGAACCUCUGUCAUCACUGCCAUCCCACCUCCAGCACACAGGCUCUGUGACCUCUGUGCCAAGAUCACCCAUGGGGGGGUCAGGAGUGGUGGUGCCACCCCCGUACUCAGUGGCGGGCAGCACGGCAGGGGGUACGGACGCCCCUCUGGAGCUGAGAGGCUCUCUGGACUGCUGGGCAUGCUCAGUACUGGUGACGGCUCAGAACCUGAUCAUCGCACUUGUCAACGGCACACUGGCCAGCAUCGUGUUCGGCACCAUCUUGACCCCAGCACUGGUCAUGGUAGUGUUUGGCUUCCUGUGUCACUCCACGGUAAGACUGCCAUCCUGGAAGGAAGUCUGUGUGUCUCAGAGAGAUAGAGACAGAGAGGAAAGAGUCAGAGACAGAUGGGGAGAAAGAGCAUGAGUCACGACCUGAGCAUUGUAGUGUGACACAUGAUGAGUGGUUUUAAUAUGUGUGUAUGUCGUCCCCAGGUGCAGCCCAAUGGCACGUCCCUGUACUGUUCAGACCUUCUGGAUGACGGUGGCUGUGUGGCCCUGUUGGUGGUGGGCUUUAUCCUGGUCACCCCCCUCCUGGUCCUGGCUCUGGCUGCCUACUGCCGCCUGGCCCGCCACCUCCAACUGGGCCUCUGCUUCAUCCCCUAUAGCAGGGCCGUAUACAAGAACUUACCUACCUCGCGCCACCGUGGAGGGGACUGCUGCGGCCAGCAUGGGGCCACAGAGGGGGAGGGGAAAGGCAGUGUGUGGGUGUGAGUAGAGUAGAUGUUGACCCAACCACUGAUGCAGGGUCAGAUAACAUUUUCUUCCUCCUUAUGGUUAAGGUUAGGAUUGGG